AUGAGAGGAUGGAUCCAAUGGGCCAUAUGUUUGAUAGGCAACGCUAACACCGCGUUGGCCACCGAACGGCGUAAAGCCAUCCUGAUGAAAAUUGAGCCUAAACUGCUCAAUCUGGCAAUAUCUGAGCCUGGCACACAGCCAAAAGGUCUUCUGUUCGGAGAUGAUUUUGUUAAAGACCUGGGCAAAUAUGUCAGUAUCUUCACGGCACUAGACAAAGCACAAAUAAAUAUGAAACGUGUUCUCUCAGAAGGUUUUCGGUGGGGCUGGCAAACAUCAGAGCCGUCUGUCCGGCUGCUCCUCCUGGAGUUCGUACUGGGGCUAUCGGGGCUCUACCACAUCUAG